AUGCCGAAAUUUAAGGGAAGAAUUAGCGAUAGAGGAAAAUGGGACGAAAAUAAAAUGAAAGAAGCUGUUAAAAAUGUGAUGGAAGGCAAGUUAUCUGUAAGACAAGCGGCAGACAGGUUUGAUGUCCCAAGAAGCUCACUUCACGAUCGCCUGAAAGUUUUGAAAAGUGGCAAAGAGGUUGCUUUUUACCCGAAGUUGGGGCGAUUUGAAACCACAUUUUCUAAAAACUUUUUUAUGCAACUAUAUGAGCACGUUAAAGAACUGGACAAUCGUCUUAUGCCAUUAAGUAGGAAGUAG